GCACGACUGUACAAGUUGGGGACUGCUGGGCUAAUACAAGUAGAAUAACAUCGGGAUAACCCAGCUUUCCUUUUCUGUAGAUUGUUGUGUGUCUGUCUUUGUUACAGUCAGAAAGCGAUGCGCUUCUUUUCCUCAGCAAAAUCGGACAAUCGUUAAUAAUCAUGGUCGCCUUAUAUCACAAGUUCUUCCUCUUCGGGGACAGCCUGACCCAAGACUCUUUCAAUCAAGAACGCGGCUUUGGCUGGUCGGCCGCCCUGCAGCACGCCUACAUUCGACGUUUGGAUGUCGUCAACCGAGGUUUUAGUGGUUACAAUACCCAACAAGCAUUGAAAGUGCUGCCCAGCAUCAUCCCGUCGCCCGAGACUGCCCGCAUUCGUUUCUUGGUCGUCUUCUUCGGCGCCAACGAUGCAGCUCUUCCCCAACCCGUGGAGAACCAGCACGUCCCACUGGAAGAAUACAAGCAGAAUCUAGAAAAGAUCAUCACCCAUCCGCUCAUCACUCCUCACAAUGCACGCGUCAUCUUGAUUGCACCACCUCCGAUCAAUGAACAUCUCCUUUGGCCCAACGACAAGCUCAAAGGACGGGAAUCUGCGUCAAGAGUGGCUGCCGUCACGAAGAGCUACGCCGACGCAGCGUACGAAGUAGGCACUCGCCUUGGAGUGCCUGUCGUCCAUCUCUGGAACGCCUUCAUGACCAAAGCCGGGCUCGAGAUAGACCAGUGGAAGACGGGCGAUACUCUCCCUGGAUCUUUAGAUGUGCUAGAGAACGAAACCCUGAAGGAGUUGCUGUACGACGGGCUUCACUUCAACCCUGCCGGAUACCAGAUUCUAUACAAGGAGACUAUGAAGGUUAUUGCGGAGCAUUGGCCCGAUCAACUGCCAGAGAACUUGCCCAUGGUGCUUCCUGCAUGGAACGACGGCGAUGCGUGGAAAGUCUAAGACAACGUGACCAGCAGCAUAGGCGGCCAGACCGGGAUGGAUAUAGGUUGCACGACUCGUAGCCUAUCUUAUACACUUCGCGUCCUAUCGGUGUGAAGAUCGGAUAGUGAGAGUGAUAGGGUUGUUGGCUCUAAGACAGACCUUGCUCCAACGUCAACGCAGGUAGCAUCGUCUUCCAACAAUGGGUCUUUGCAUCUGUAAUUCGAAGAGAUUCCUUAUGUGCAGUCUCCGGUGGAAGUAGCGGACAUCUGGACUGGACUAAUACUUAAUCACAUGUCUGC